AUGAAGUCAACCUUUUUCAUUGUCUGUUUGUUUCUUGCACUUUUAAUAGUUGAUACUGAGACUGCAACACCAAAAAAAGGAGGAAAAGAACCCACUGGAAUCUCAGCAUCACAUAGUGCAAGCGCAACUGCAACUGAUGUAUAUACUCCAAUCGUAACUACCCCAGUUGGUAUCCCUACUGGUGUCGAUACAUCAUCACCACUCCCACCUCCUUCAGAUACUGAUGCUGCUUAUCCAACUCCUACAUCAACUGCAAAAGCUAGCAGUGGCGAUAAAGUUAACGCUAUAGGAAAUGGAAUCUUGGCAUUCACAGUAUUCAUUGUCAGCUUAACCAAAUCGUUCGUUCAAGAAAUUAUUCCUAAUACACUAAUACUAAUACUAAAAAUGAGCAAGACAUUAUCAUUUCGCGCAACACUUGAAGGACAUUCUAAUUGGGUAACAGCAAUCGCAACCACUGCAGAAAAAUCUAACAAGCUUCUAUCAGCUUCUCGUGAUAAAACUGUUAUUAUUUGGCGUUUGACGCCACAAGAUGAUAUUUAUGGCAAACCGCACAAAGCCUUAACCGGACACAAUCAUUUUGUACAAGAUGUUGUCAUUUCUUCCGAUGGUCAAUUUGCACUCUCUGCAUCAUGGGAUAAAACUCUUCGUUUGUGGGAUUUGAAUGCUGGGCGAACUACUCGUCAAUUCGUCUCGCACGAGAAUGAUGUUUUGUCAGUAUCUUUCUCGCCCGAUAAUCGACAAAUUGUUUCAGGUGCAAGAGACAAAGUCAUCAAGUUAUGGAACACACUUGGUGAUUGUAAAUAUACUAUCCGUGAAAAUGGUCAUACUGAGUGGGUUUCGUGCGUAAGGUUUUCUCCAAAUCCUGCUAAUCCUGUAUGGGAUCUCAAUACAUUAAAGUUGAAAAUAAAUCAUUAUGGACAUUCUGGGUACAUCAAUACUGUCACUGUAUCACCUGACGGAUCACUUUGUGCAUCUGGUGGUAAAGAUGGUAUCUCGAUGUUGUGGGAUCUUAACGAGGGAAAACAUUUGUACUCUUUAUUGGCAGGAAAUAUUAUAAAUGCUUUGGCUUUUAGUCCAGAUCGAUAUUGGCUGUGUGCAGCUGUUGGCUCUAUAAUCAGAGUUUGGGAUUUGGAGACAAAGUCAAUUGUCGAUGAUUUAAAACCUCAUUUCAUGGAGACUGGUGAAAGCUCAAAAGAACCAAAUUGUAUUUCGUUGGCUUGGUCUUCGGAUGGUGUUACAUUGUUUGCUGGUUAUACAGGUUGA